UGCUCGCUUUUGUCUUUUUGCGGAGAGAAGCGGAGGGCGCGUCAGCGCCCGGAGCGUAGCGGAGCCCAUUUCCUCAUUAAAUAAGCCAAAUAUAAGGGACGGAGGAGAGUGUAUAGGAUUUCCGCCCCCACUAUACAUCAAAAUCAUUGAAUUUUCGUGCCACUUUUUUUUUGGACUGGGUUGCCCAGUACUUUAAUCCGGUCAUUCUCUUAUAUAAUUGCUAAAUUAAGCGAGACAAGGUGUUUUUUUAUUGACACAACGAGGGAGUGCUUUUGUUUAUUUAAAGAUGGCCUAGCGUAAUUUGUAUAUUGUAUAUAUAUAUAAGGUCAUUUUCAAGAAACGAAGAAAGGGUAUGUUUAGCUAGCUAGUAUAUCACUAUUUUUUUUUUACAUGUAAUGAACCCCUUCUUAGCCUUAGAUAGGAUAUAGUGUAUAGCUAGCUAACUUUAAAAGAGUAAUAGCUAGCUAGCAUAAAAAGAGCAACAAGUGCCUUUAUAUAGCUAGCAAAAAGACUAGCAUAAAAUUAACCACUUAGCUGGGAUAAAACUACCAAUAUAGCUAUACAUGUACUACACAAUAAUUAUAUUUUGUCCCAUCACAUAGCUUGUUUCUAGCUACAAUUGUGCACAAAAUUGUUGGCCCUGACAAUUUUAUAUAUCAAAAACCAAAAAGUUUAGAUAGAUAGAUAGAUAUAGAUAGAUAGAUGUGCAUAUUUUACAUGACUAGCCUCACAAAUAUCGAGGGAUAUACCCUGUCUAUUAUUUCCAGGAGGGGCCAUGGCUUGAUGGAGAGUCCUAGAGUAUUUAAUGCUCAUUUUGAGCUACGCAGACCCAAUUAGGGCCCGCGCUCUACUAGACAACUCCCGGCAACAUCCAACGGCCCACACAGUGUGCCAUCUUCCCAAUUUCCCUCACAUGGCUUGGGUUAACCCGGGGGUAUGGUAACAUUCACUCGCCCAUGUUGAAUCGCCGUCAAGAGGAAUCGAACCCCGGUCUCCCGCACAGAGUACGAGAGCUAUAACCACUAAUCUAUGGCGCGACAUUACUAUUUUAGAAAAGUCAGCAACACAAAAUUUGUUGGCUCUGACAGUUUUAUAUAUGAAAAACCAAGAACCAAAAAGUUUAGAAAAGUCAGCAAAAAAACAUAGCUAGCUAUAGUCACAUAUUCUGCAAAUAGUACGUUCGGUCCCCACUGAUGAUCAAUGUUUAUGUAAAGGUAUGUCACGUGUAAUCGUUUACGUUGGUCAGCCACAAAGGGCAGUAGUUUUCAACAUUGAGGGGGAAUGGAAAGCCAUAUUUUUGUGGACGAUUGUAGCUAUAUUGUACACAGGUCAGGAAAUAAAUUUUUUUAACCCUGCCAGUGAGCAUACACCAGUACGGCUCAAGUUACAGAAACGGAAAUUAUUGCAAUAUAAAUAUAUAUAUCGGGAAACUUUUUGAACAUGUAUAUACAUUUGUUAUUUGUUUGAGACGUUUUAAAUUCUGAUGCUUACAUCCAACACCUGCAUUUUUUAUUACCAGGGCAAAUUCUGACGAACGGUUAUCAUGCAAUCGUCAACACCUAUAGCUAUACUGAAAAUAUUUAAAUAUAUGUAUAUAUGGAUUUGACGAUAUUGGUUGUUAAUAACUCUAACAAUAUUAACAGUCAAGGUACAGAAGAAAGCUUAGUAAGUUUCUGAGUAUAAUGUGAAACUGUUAAAAUUCUGUAUGCCAUGUAUAUAUUAUGUAUUAUGCCCUGUUGGUCUAAUGGCUAUGACACUCAUUUAUGGAAAUGGGAGAUCUGGGUUCGAAUCCUGGACAGGGCUAGGAAAAACAUAACUAUAAUGCACGCCUUGGUAAUCCGUAAUUAAGCUUGCUUUUUCUAUUGUUGUCUUAUCAGGGAAGUUGUUUACUGUAUUUUCUAUUAAAUUAUACUAUUUGAUACAUGUAAUGAACAACUUUUUAGCCUUUAGCUAGCUACCUAGCUAAUGCAAAGCCAUGUAAAAAGAUCAUCACUAGCUACCUAACUAAAGCUAGUGAACAUAUAGCUGGCUAGUAUAAAAGUAGCUGGAAAAAAAGAAUUGUUCUUGACAGGCUCAUAUCUUUUGACUACACAUAUUAUAUUCAGUCGGGUAAUUUUGCCCUGAUUAGGAAUAUCUAUAGGAUUAAAACUGGCUAGCUAGUAUAGUAUCCUAAAUGAAACCGACCCUUCUUUGACCCACCGGUAGGUAAACGGACACCGGAUACCAUGUUUAUUUACAUCUUAGCACUUUCUGAUUGGUUAGAUUAUAAACAAAAAGUAAUGUCAUUGGCCCGUGAUAUAUUUUUUCAACAUAUUUAUAUGCGAUAUAUUGCGUCCGGAACAAACUGCGAAUUUGCUAAUGCAGACGCAGGUAACUACAUUCUCGACCCCAGAGCUCUUUGAGAUAAAUUUGAAAGGGCUCUGGGGACGAGAAUGAGGUAACUAUAGUUUUUCCAAAAACAAACAUUUUUUCCAUUGAUUUAUUGGACAAAAUGGAACACGUAGAUUUUUCCAAACACAAAAAUUCUUCGCUUUGAUUGGAUAAAGUAGAACACGUGGUUUAAGCGAUGGAAAUAUACUUUUCUGGCGCCACUUUUUUCAAACCCUCUGGAAAUUUACCGGAGUGUGUUGUGUUUGUUUGCUGGAACGAAAUUGAUACUUCCUGGAUUAUUGGAUAAGUAUUAUUUCAUAAUUUUGUCCGUCUCUUUUGUGUUAGUAAACAAAACACAUUUAGCUAGGUGUAAACUGCAGCUUGGUGCAUCUUUAUAUCUGAUUUUUGUCCCCAGCUGUGUCCUUGCAUUUUGGCUAUUAUAUACCUGGCUAGAUAGCUAUUAAUCGUAGAAAUUGUAGCUUACUGUUUAAAUCUUAUUUUUUGUUCCCUGCUCCUGUAUUUUGAUUCAAGGACUACAUUGCCACAGUCACCAAAGUAAGAAGAUAUACGUUUAUGUUUAUAUCUGAUUUAGGUGCUAACUGCAGCUAGGAAGCAACCGUAGCAUCAUAAAAUUGUGUCACAUUGUAGCUAAUUGUAGCAUCGUAGAAUAAUCAAGACAAAUUAAUCAUGAUAUCUGUCCAAGCAUAUCGUGCCACCAUUGGUUCUUUUUAUAAUGUAGCUGCUAGUUGCUCCAAUAACAUUAGGAAUGAAACAACAAAUUUUUACAGCCGUUCUGAAAUGUUUUUUGACCAGAUCGAUGGUAACAACAACUUCAUUCAUUUCUUGAAACUUUUUAUUUCAAUAAUUUUCAUGUGUUGUCUGAGCUGUAAUAUAAAUCUUGCGUCUUUGAAAUUACUGUUACUGUUAUCUGGCGAUAUUGAAAGCAAUCCUGGGCCUUUUAAUAACAAUGAUAUCGACUUCCAAAUAGCACUACAGGAUUCCUAUGCUACGCAUCUUCUUAAUCAGUCAACUUCUGCUGAUCAAAUAGUCGCUUACGCUAGAAGUAUUGGUUUGUCAAAUAUAACAUAUCGAGAAGUGACCAAAGGGGAUGGCAACUGCUUUUAUAGAGCAGUAGUACAGCAACUUAAUCGCCCUGAGAUCAGACAAAUUGUGCCCCUUGGACUACAUUUCCAGAAUCAUCUUCAACUACGAGCAGCUGUGGUCAAAUUUGUUCGAGAAAAUAGUAAUCUAGAAAUUUUUCAAAAUAACAGAAUCUUUUUAACCAUAAAGCCGGAAGAGUGGGAACGCGACAUACAAACUCAGUCAAGACCUACUGUUGAUGUUGAAGAGAUUUUCAUACGGGCUACUGCAAUAAUUUUGGGCGUAAACAUUUUGAUAACAGCCGAUACCAGUACUGCAACACGCCCAUAUACCCUCAUUAGUCCUACUCAUGACGAAACACAUGAUAUUCCUGGUGAACAACAAGUGGCACAUCUAUUGACUGAUGGUACCACUGCAGGUGCUUUCAUUUUGCUUGGCAGGGUUAAUCAAAAUCACUAUCAAUCGUUGAUCUUUGAUGAUAAUGUGAGCGUUACUCCUGUUACAUCAUCCACAUCACUCAGUCCACCUAAAAAAAUUCCUUGUUUGUCAUCAAAAUAUCCUGAAAAUAUAACUAAUGAAAAACCUGGUGAAAAGGAAGUUACUACUUUGAAUCAAAAUCAAGACCUCCUAGUAGAGAAAAUAAUGAAAUCUUAUAUGUCUGCUGCUAUAAUACCAAAAAAAGUUAAGCCUAAACAUAAGCCUAAAUCCAAGCCUAAACCCAAACCUACACCUAAACCUACAACCAAACCUACAACCAAGCGUAAACGCAAGCCAAAUUAUAAUAAAGAACCUGCUUUAAAGCUAAAGUGUCUUCAGUUAAAUAUUAAAUAUGAAGAACCUAAAGUUAAUGAAACAAGUAUGGAAACAUUCAACAGACACAGGCGAAUAAUUUAUAGCUGCAAAAAAAACAUUUCUAAAACAGCCGUAAGUAAUCAGGAAAAUGGUAGUUUGAAAAAACCGCCUGCCUCCAAACAUACAUAUUCCCUGCCACACCUUACACUUCCAAUUACUACACACAAUCUAGUAAAUAUUUUACCAACCACUCAGUCCAUACAAACCACACAGUCAGUUCCGACAAUUGUCACAGACAACCAGACCAGUGAUCAAAUUUAUGGAAAUGAAACCUCCUCUAUUCAUCAAAAUCCUGAUGUUGUUGCAGCUGUAAUACAGUUCGAAGAAGGUGAGAAGUUGCAUAGUUUGGCAACCUGUAAAACUUGUCGUGAAACCCGACCAGUAUUUCAUGCUACUCCCCCUAUCAGUCCUACUGCAGAAAACGAAACAAAACCAAUUGCCGUUAAGCCUUGGAAAAUUUUCAGCGAUGGAAGGUGUGACAGGUGUCAUCGGGAAAGCCUUAGUCGUUUUAAAAAGAAUGUAACAACACCUGCUAGAUUUUCCGGUAUACUGUCAGUUGAUGAUGAUGAUUUGGGCCCAUUACACGAUAACAUCCGCCAUAAUGAUAUGCAUUUUUUACCGGUACCACCAUAUCUUCAAAAUUUGACCAUACUGGAAGUAGCAUUGAUUCGUCGUAUCACUGUUAUCAUGAAUAUACACCUCCUGCGAUAUGGCAUGCUUGCAUCAAAAGGACAUUGUAUCAGUUUUCCUCAGAGAAUGCAAAUUGCUAAAGAAUUGCCAUCGUUACCAUCUCAGGUUGGAAUAGUGGUUAUUAAAAAGAAAGGAAGUCGAAAUUCAGUUCAACAGUAUACUGUGCAAAGGGGUAAAGUUGAAAAUGCAUUACGAGGGCUGUGUUUUGGAUACCCAGAAGGUGGCACUGAAUAUCCAGAUACUAAUAGUGAACAUCUAUACAAUGGCUCUGAUCACAUUGACAAACCUUUAAAAGGACGCUACUUUCAGUUCCUACCGAAUGAGUACUAUAAGGAUGUUUCGAUAAAAUAUGACCGCAUUCAAAAUUUACCAGAGAUGCGUUCUGAAUUACCUAGCUUGCCUGUUGUUGAAAUGCCACAUAUUAUACCAGAGGAAGACAAGGGUCCUGCUGAAAAUCAAUUUCUGGAAAACUUACCUCAAGAUGACGAAAGUAUAACCCGUUCUGGUUUAGUUUGUCCACUUGAAUCUAAAGAUGCUGACAAAGAGUUGCGAACAAUACUGCAGAAGCUCUUGGGCUCUGAAGAUGCAGUUAAUCAAGCUCUUGAACAUGGCACAAUUGCGAAUGCAAAUUUGGAAUAUACACGAGAGCAGCCUAUUCGAGAAUUAAAAACUCCUGGUUUUUUUACUAUGGCAUACCCAACUGUUUUUAUUAAUGGAAAUUGUGACUUAACGGUUCCAAGGUUGAGUAAAAUUAACUUUGAAGAAUACAUCGAACAUAUAUAUUAUUGUUCUGAUAAUCGUGUAGCGCGUCAUCCAUACUUAAAAUUUUUCUUAUUGAAUAUGCGUUUACGAAUGCAAGCACUACAGCAGGGUAGCUUUCUUGUUUCCCAACAAUUAAAUGAUGCGCAUCUCACAAUUGCUGAACUGAGAGAUAAUUUACAAAAUGACGAUGAUUCAGUUCCACGAAAAAUUAUUAGUAUUGGAAAAAACCUGGUGAAUACCGAUCCAUACUGGAGAGACCAAAAAAAAAAAGUGGAUGCUCUGUUGUUUUUCAGACGAAAUGAGUUUGGCGAUUUACCGGCCUAUUUUGAUACCAACAGUUGUGCAGAAUUUCAUUGGAAACCAUUACAUGAAUUACUUAUUAAGUAUCAUGCCUUAAUAAACAAUUUAAACGAAGAUACUGUGCGGCAACAAAUGGAAAACGACAGCAAAUUCAAGCGGGAAAUGAUUCUACAAAAUCUUCAUAUCGUCACACAGUAUUUUGAUGCAAGGACUAUAAAUUACUUUGCCACAGUCAACAAGAAAGUGUUUCAAUAUAAUGAUAGUUGGUGGCGAUAUGAAUUCGCUAAAGGUCGAGGUGAGAUACAUGGUCACGCAAUUAUAUCGUCCUCUAAACACGCUCAAAAGGUCAAAACAAUCAUGGAUGGAUUGUCGAAUGAUGUACCUGACUCACAAGCAUCCCAAACUGCUGCACAAGAACUUCAAAAUUGGUUGCAAACCACAAAUGAAGACAGUGAUGACAUUUUUUCACCCAUAUUUACUUCACUGCAUCCUGCUGGGGGAAAUGAAAUUAUAGAUACCUCUGGAAUUAGAACUUGGGUUCCAAACAAAAAUCAAUGGCCAACACCAGAAGGGAGUCAAGCUCCUCCAGACCAUAACCCAUUGGCGCAAGAACUUGCAGAUGUCGCUAACCAUGAAGGUGGUAUAAGAGAGCAACAUACUUAUCUUGUUAAUAGAAUAGGUCUCCAUAAUUGUAAUUCCAGUUGUUUGCGUUAUCGUCGUAAGAAUAAUAAGGAAAAGGAUACCGCUCCAAAAAAGUACUGUCGUUUUCAUUUUGGUGAUCUUGAUCCACAAACCAAAAAAACAAGUGGCAAAGAGAUUCAUCCUUUUCAUGCUGUCAUAACAAAAGGGGAACAUCCUAGAUAUGAGGGACCACGCGAUCAUCCUCGCCUAAUGAUGCAUGUUAAAACACGUCUGCUUAGUUGGCUAGCAAAUUGUGACAGUCAAGUCAUUAUCGAUCAGGAUCUUCUGGCUCUUCAAAAAUACAUUGCUGGUUAUGCUUGCAAGGGGGCAGCCUCAACUGAAGAUUUGGUACAUGUUUAUCGGCAUCUCAUUGAAAACACUGCUGAUGGAAGCACUGUUAAAAAUUUGGCUCAACGACUACUUCAAAAAAUUGCUGGUCUGGUAGAUGUACCAGGUGCUGCGGCAGAUUUUAUUAAUAGUGGUGGCCGUUUGACUAGAUGUACCAGGAAUUUUCGAUACAUUGGUAUCAGUGGCUUCCGAGCAUUGGAUACGUCUGGUGAAGAUGGAACCGUUACAAAGAAUAGCACAUUGGAUAAAUACUUGAGCGAUAAGCGUAGAGAAACUGAGCCAGAAAUAUCAUUAUGGAACUGGAGCAAGAAAUGUAAUUGUACCUGCAAAGUAGAUCACGUGCCAGUUUUUACAGGAAUAUCUACAAAACCUGUUUGGCCUGUUACUGAGGACUAUGCAAAAGCUAUGCUCGUUAUAUUUUCUGUUGGAACGUGGCAUAAUACUGAAGAAUUGAAGGGACAACAUGAGUCAUUUGCUGCUGCUUUGGCUUCCUUUGUUCAAACUGAAAACUGUCCCCCUAUAUUAAUAGAUGCAUUGAAGGAGGCUAAACAAUCAUUCGAUAAAAAGAGUGAGAGAAAACAAAGUCACACUCGUGUAAUCAAUAAUGAAACCGAUAAUCAGUCUUCAUGUCAAUCAUCACAAUAUACAGAUGCAAGUUCUCAAAGUUCCCAAAAUUCAGUCAUUGCACAAAUGAACAUAGGCAGAGCGAUAAUGAGAGAUAUUGCAAGGCAUCACGUUGCUGAUAUCAAUGAGCCGGAUGUACAACAAGUUCUUCCCAAUGGAGGGCCUACAUUUGAUUGGAAUAAUUAUGCAAUUCAAAGUUUUGGUAGUCAAUGGCCAAUUAAUGCUGACACAUGGUUACAAUCUAUAUCUGAAGAAGCAGAAAGAAAUGAAUUGCAUCUGGCUGAUGAUUGUACCUUACCCCAAAUAAACAUCUUAAAUGCUAAUGAAUUACAGAGAACAGUCAUUGGUAUAAAUCUUCAGCAUUUAUUGCAAGUUGCAAAAGGAACUUUGCCAACAGGUACCCAGCCAUUACGUUUAUUAAUACAAGGAACAGCUGGUGUUGGGAAAACAUUCAUCAUUACUGCGCUCACCAGAAUCGUUCGGCGUAUUUUUAAGCGAAAUUCUGCUGUUAUGAACUUGGCCCCAACUGGUGCAGCAUCAGUCCUCAUACCUAAUGGUCGCACUAUACAUUCAAUGACUCCACCACCACACAAACUGAAAAAAGAUAAGAAUUUAAAUUCUGUCCAGCUUUCUGACUAUCCGUUGGGUGAUGUAUCUCUAAGAAAGCUGAGAAAGUAUACAGGUAUGCAUGAAAACAAUGAGCUGAAAUUAUUUCAACUUAAUAUUGAUGAACGUAGCAUGCAGUCGAAGCUUCUUGUGGCCUGGUGCAGCCAAAGAUUAUGCGAGGCUACGGGAGACUUUGAUAAUUAUUAUGGUGGUGUACCAGCUGUCAAUUUCUUUGGUGACCUUGGUCAGCUUGGACCAAUUCGUGCUUUGGAUCUACAUCAGCCACCAAAACACGAUGAUUCGACAAUCAACUUUGCUGGCUAUGCAAUCUAUCGCUCGUUUCAAGAUGUUAUUGUUCUUACAGAAACAAUGCGUCAAGGCCCAGAUCAGUUAGCUCUUUUGCAGCGACUUCUUAGAAUACGUAAUGGAUCGAUCACUCAACAAGACUGGCAAGAUAUAAAUAGUCGUUACGAAGAUGGUUUGCCACAAACCGAAAAAUGUAACUUUUCGCAUGGUCGCGUCCUUACAUUGAUGGAAACAUGGAAUGAAGUUAAUGAGGAAAAUCACAAUAAAUUAGCUAGCCUCGGUGUGCCUGUUGCUGUAAUUCCAUCAAGAGGCAGUGGUAAACACCACUCUUUGACUGAUAAGCAACUGGGUCAAAUACCGCUGAGAUCUUUAAUGGCAGUUGGUGCAACUGUAAUACUCACUAAGAACCAAAAAGGUCUUACGGGCCUCGGUCUUAAUAAUGGUGCGAUGGGAAAAGUAAUUGCAAUCCUUUAUUCGCCAAAUAUGUCACCACCUGAAUUUCCUAUAGCUGUCAUUGUCGAUUUCCCAAAUUAUAAAGGCCCAAUAUGGAUUCCAGAACAUCCAACAUGGAUACCAAUUACUGCUGUUGAAGGUCGAUGUGAAUCUAAUUGUUGCAGCAGAAAUGGCCUGCCAUUGAUGCCAGGAUAUGCGAUAACAAUUGCUAAAAGUCAGGGUAUGUCGAUUGGAGAUGGUAAAACUGCCACCCACAUGCGUAUCAAGUUACAACAAUCAAUUCAGAUGGAAAAAAAUAACCUUGGUACAGCUUACACUGCAUUUUCAAGAUGCGAAAAAGAAAGGAAUUGGGCACUUGUCGAGCCAAUUACUCAAGAACGUCUCUUGUACGUUAAUACACAUCCUCGUAUGAAAGCCAGACAAGAGGAAGAGCAACGACUGAAAGCAUUAUCGAAUGAAACCAUCAAAAAAUUUGAUAUCACUAUAGUAAAGUAUAUUAACUUGCUGAAAGACCUUGACGAGUUUUGCGAUGAUGAUAUUGAAGAUGCAGUUUGUCCUUCACCAUCUGCAGAUUGCUCAUGUAUUAUAUGCACAUCUCAAUCAUAAUGAUAAUCACAACUGAAAUUAACCUAUGUUGCAGAUAAUAUACAUUAAAAAACAUUGUAUAUGUUCAUAUAUUUGUUGUGAAAUCAAUAUGCGAAGUAAAAUUUUGAUUUAGAAAAUAAACAAAAUAAAAACCGUCUGACCGUGAAUUCGUAAUUAUUGGAUGUAAUAAGCCGAAGUCAAAUACUUGAUUUAAUAUCAAUGUAUAGUAAGCUGUAUCCAAGAAUCAUGGUAAACAUUUUUAAUUCAACAGACAGAAUAGUUGUUUCUCAAAACAACCGUCUGCCCAUGAAUUCGUAAUUAUUGGAUGUAAUAAGCCGAAGUCAAAUACUUGAUUAUAAUAUCAAUGUAUAGUAAGCUGUAUCCAAGAAUCAUGGUAAACAUUUUUAGUUCGACAGACAGAAUAGUUGUUUCUCAAAACAACCGUCUGCCCAUGAAUUCGUAAUUAUUGUAAGCUGUAUCCAAGAAUCAUGGUUAAAAUAAAGUAAAAAUACUCUGCCUAACAUCAGGCAUCACGAUGUGUGAUUAUUAUCAACAAACUCAAUUUAAAGGCAAAUUAAUCCUCGUUUUUUGUAAGAAGCCUAAGCAUUUGUGUGCACUCAAAGUUUAUUAAAGUUUUGAUAAUCAAAUUUAAAUUGUCCUUAUUUAACACUGAAAAAUCUUUUAUUUACAAGGCUUUUUGUCUAAAAUGCAUGCUCAUUAACACAUACCAAGUCUUAAGUUACUGAAGGCCCUAAUAUAAUCAAGUUUGUAACCUGACUUUUGGGUUGAUUUACCUUCUUGUCUUUUUUCCUUCUAAGAAUGUAAAACAAAAGGUUUUUAACAUUAAGCUAAGUCAAUUUAAAAGUGGGUCACUUCUUGGUUUCCUCCCCUUUUUUUGUAAAAUUUUAUGUGUUAAUAAAAGCAUACAGUGUAUGACAUUCUAAAAAUUUAGUUACAUAUAUUGCGUAUGUAUAUAUACUUAAAAUUAUGCCAGGGGUUCAUAUAACUUAAUUUAUGGAAACGUUACUGAGAGAAAGCGUUUAAGCCAAAAAAGAAAUGUUUUUUUGCAUAAAAUGAAAUUUAACAUUGUGAUUGACUUUACUAAGUUUCAAGUUUUACUAAGUUAACACAAAAAUUAGAUUUGAACUUUUUGUGUUUAUUUUGCAAAAGUUUUUACAAAUUAAGUAUGAUCCAUCAUUGAGUAUGGUAACUAUUGAAACCAAUGUCAGUAAAUCCUGAAAUGUAAAAUCUGACACUUUAAUGUUCCUCAAAAUGAGUAUAUUAUGAAAAGAUUUUAUUAUAUGAUAAUUUUUAACUGGCCAUGAUGAUACUUAAGAUAUCACACAGUCUUGAUUUUAAACCACGAAGGAAAAAAAUUAAAAAUUAUGUGAGGACAUUAAAGAGAUAUAUCGGUGAGGAUAGGUCCGGUUGUAAGGGGAUGGAGGAGACCGGCAAUUAAUACCUUAUAAAAAGGAAUUGAAUUUGCACUAAAUAUGUGAAAGUUAAUGUAUUUUGUAAUUUGAAUGAUACUGUACAGUUUCAGUUCCUUUGUUGCUCUCUUUUGUCUUUUUCCUGUUUUCAGGUACUAUAAUAAACUUUCAAGGAAUUUGUAGAAGACGUUAGCAAGUUUUUUCAAAUUCUACUGGAAGAUAUAACAUGGCAGUUAUUUUAAAUGAAAAACAAUCAGAUAAGUACCUCUUAUUAAUUAAUUUUAUAUUUAAAUGUGUACUAUAAAUAAAGGCGAGACCAUUUUCAUUGUGUAAUGUAAUUUUUAAGUUAUUUUAACAAUUUUGAAACCACACCCUUUUUAAAUUUCCUUCUGUAUAAAAUUUGACAUGAUUAUGUCAUUGUACCACCAGUAAAAUCUUUGCUAAUUUUUCACAUCAGUAUUUUUCAUGACUACUCUGUCACAGUUAGUUUGGACAGCCAAAUGAUCAUGUCAUUUGAUUUUUUGACUGCUUAAUUCAUAAUGCAGUUACUUUAGUACGAAAAUUAACAUUCUAGUUGUAAAUCAUUUAGGAAAUUUCUUUACAUUAACAAUGGCAAUUGAUCACAUAUGAGAAAAAAGUAGAGGAUGAGACAUACUAGAGGAUUUAUUUGCAAAUAUAGAGAAAAAAAUGGCGGCACAAAUUAACUUAGAACUUGUUUCACUUUAUGCUAAAUUCGUGGAGCACAGGAUACAACAUCCUGGCUCCAUGAAUUAUCGGUCGUUUGGCCGAUGGCUAAAGCAGGGUGGGGUCGAGUGGACCAAUGAAGAAGACCCCACCGAAACAGCUCCCAACAUGGAAUUGAUGCAAGUAUGGACAAAAUUUUUACAGUACAGACUUAGACAUAGCGGGUCAAUGGACCUAGAAGUGUUUGGACGUUGGGUGCAUAAUGGCGGGGUUGAGUUUUGUGGUGGGCGACGGGAUCGUGGUAGAAGUAGCAGUCGUGGUUGGAGACGCGGUCGUGGUGGGAGACGCGGUCGUGGUGGGCCGUAUAAGCCACAAUAUUAAAAUGUAUUUUUAUUACUAACCCUUUGUAAAACGAGGUGCACUUUUUUUUAAUAAAAUAUCCUAAAUUUAAAAUGGGCCUAAAUAUUGCCAAAAUUCAAACAAUUGCUAAACUAUUUUUCAGGCUGAAUUUAAAAUAAAUACUUUGAAAAAAACAACAUUUUUUCCAUUGAAAAAAAUAAAUACUUUGAAAAAAACAACAUUUUUUCCAUUGAAAUUAACUAGAUAAACAAAUAUUUUGUCUACCUUGUUUUACGAAGGGUUAGAUGUUAUUAAAUUUGUUAAUUAUCUUAACUCUA